AUGACCACCGAUUCUGGCCGAGGCGGCCAGAUGAUUGAGUACAUCCAAGACCGUCUUUAUCUGGCGUCUUAUGACUCCGCCCCGAGCUCAAGGACACCAUUCCCGUUCCCGCUCGACACUCCCAAGUCUCCCAGCAAGCGUCGGACACAGCCUACGACACCGACUACCAAGCGCCGAUCUCCCGUAUACUUCACCGUUGACGACACCCUCCUCUACAACGCUUUCCACGCCGACUUUGGUCCUCUGCACAUCGGUCAUCUGUACCGCUUCGCCGUGCUGUUCCACGAGAUCCUCGGAGAUCCGGCCAACAGCGAUCGCCCCGUGGUUUUCUACAGCAAGACGGAUCCUCGCAGCCGUGCAAAUGCUGCCUGCAUUGUGGCAUGCUACAUGGUCCUAAUCCAGGCAUGGCCACCCCACCUCGCCCUUGCGCCAAUUGCGCAGGCCGAUCCACCUUACAUGCCCUUCCGCGAUGCGGGGUACAGCCAGGCGGACUUUAUCCUGAACAUCCAAGAUGUUGUCUACGGUGUGUGGAAAGCCAAAGAGCAAGGCCUGUGUGGCCUUCGUGAUUUCAACCUCGAAGAAUACGAGAAGUUCGAGAGAGUCGACAUGGGUGACUUCAACUGGGUAACCCCCAACUUCCUCGCUUUCGCCUCGCCUCAACAGCAGCCUGUUGCGCCCAUCCCUAUGAAUACUCCCGAGUACGAUGAGCUUCCAUCCUCCAUCUCCGAGGUCUGCUCGACCAAGCUUCCCCUCCCUUUCAAGAAUGUCCUCGUCCACUUUGCCUCUCGAAAUGUCGGUCUCGUAGUGCGAUUGAACUCCGAGCUAUACUGCCCCUCUUACUUCACUGCCAUGGGAAUCUCCCACAUCGACAUGAUCUUUGAGGAUGGUACCUGCCCGCCUCUGCAAUUGGUCCGCAAGUUCAUCAAACUUGCCCAUGACAUGAUCACCAUCAAGAACAAGGGAAUUGCAGUUCACUGCAAGGCUGGCCUGGGUCGCACGGGAUGCUUGAUCGGUGCCUACCUGAUCUACCGCUAUGGUUUCACCGCGAAUGAGGUCAUUGCCUUCAUGCGAUUCAUGCGCCCCGGCAUGGUCGUGGGUCCUCAGCAGCACUGGUUGCAUCUGAACCAGGGUGCUUUCCGCGAGUGGUGGUUCGAAGAUAGUAUGCGCGAGAAGCUUGCUCAAUCUGCCCCGGUCACUCCCCGCGUUUCGACCAAGAAGCGCGCUAGCAAUGGCACCGUAUCCACGCCUCCCAACAACAGCCACUCUAAGCGCGCUGCCCUUGGCGAGAUCGAUCACAACGAGGGAGCUGGCCAAUACGAGGAAAAUCUCCCCGCCCCAACUCCUGGUCAGCCUCGGAAAUCACAUCGCAAGGACUCCCGUCACCACCCAUAUGCCCGGACUACGUCUGGUUCUCUGGCCGUAGACCGUGAUGGCAACAAGUAUGAGGAGCAGACAAGCCGCAAGCACCGGGCAAGCAAUGAAAGCAGUGAGAGUGAAGAGGAAAUUCAAUUGCGCAUGCUGAAAGCCAAGAAGGCGUCCAAGUCCCCUGUGGCCUCUCCGACAACCCGCUCCAUUAGCUACUCUGCAACUGUCACAGCCAGUUACACAUUGACUGAUGGCAUCCACGAGGACCGUGAGAAUUGGGUUGAGACUACGACUCCCAAGACUCCUUCAAGCCGCAAGAGCGCCGGCGCUCCCAUUUCCGUGAGCAAGAUUCGAUCUAGCCCUAGGAGGGCAACAGACAGCAGCAAGAGCGAAUCACGAGGAGUGCGAAAGCCCAGCGGCCGAGUUGGCAGCACAUCUGCCAGCCCGGCUCGUGUCACACGUGUCCAAUAA